AUGGCCUCGGAGAAGGAACUCACCAAUCAGGAGCCCGAGACCUCUCGUAAUACGAGCCAUGUUGACGAAGCGAUCUUUACGAAAGACGUAGAGCGCCAAUCAAACGAUGCCGGGGAUAUGGACGAUACAGCGGAGAAGGCAGCCUUGGAGGACCCUAAUGUUGUAAAUUGGGACGUGGACGAUCCAGAGAACCCAAUGAACUGGCCUUCCUCGAAGAAAAUAGGCGUCAUAGCUGUUGUCGCAUUCAUUACUAUGCUAUCACCCUUCGCAUCUACUAUGAGUGCCUCAGCCACCCCGUUGAUCAUGGAUGACUUUCACUCGACCAAUGAGACACUCGGCGCGUUUGUAACCUCCGUCUACAUCCUAGGCUAUGCCUUCGGGCCACUUGCCUGGGCUCCGCUCUCCGAGCUCUACGGCCGUAUGCCGAUCUACAACAUCUGCAACAUCUUAUUUCUCAUCUUUAGUAUCGCAUGCGCGGUCGCAAACAAUCUUGGCGCCUUGAUUGCAUUUCGUUUCUUUGCAGGCAUAGCAGCAAGCUGCGCAAUUACUAUUUCGAGUGGAACGGUGGCAGACCUGUAUCCAGUCGAGAAGAGGGGUAAAGCUAUGUCCAGUAUGAUUCUAGGACCCUUGUUUGGGCCAGCCGUUGGGCCUGUCGCUGGAGGAUAUCUUGCACAAGCCAAAGGUUGGCGAUGGACGUUCUGGCUCGUCACAAUCCUCGCCGGCGCUGCAUGCAUCAUCAGUUUCGUCUUCAACCGCGAGACAUACGCAUAUGUACUUCUCAAAAAGAAAACCGCACGCCUCCAGAAAGAAACCGGCAACACUGAGCUACGCUCCGCCCUCGACACCGGUCGAACGCCACAGCAACUUUUCAAGACUGCUAUCGUUCGGCCGAUCCGUAUGCUAGUUCUCUCCCCAAUCGUCUUUCUUAUGUCCCUAGUGAUGGCAGCUGUGUACGGCUACCUGUACCUCCUGCUGACAACGUACCCGCGCGUCUUCGGCUCACAAUACGAUUUCUCCGAGAAAAGCAUCGCACUCGUAUACCUCGGUGUCGGCGUGGGUUCGCUUCUCGGCCUCGUGUUCACCGGUGCUAUUUCCGACCGCCUGUUGAACCAUCUCGCGAAGCGCUACAACGGCGGGAAGCCAAAGCCUGAAUACAGGUUGCCUACCAUGCUGGUUGGUACGAUACUAGUUCCUGUAGGCCUGUUCUUGUACGGAUGGGCUGCCGAGAGGAAGGUACACUGGAUUGCACCGGUUAUUGGCACAGCGAUCUUGGGUGGAGCGAUGAUGACUACUUUCAUGCCGGGACUGACGUACCUUAUCGAUGCAUACACCACCUACGCUGCGUCCGUGUCAGCAGCCGCAACCGUGUUCCGCUCGUUGGUGGGUGCGUUGCUUCCGCUGGCCGGAAACGCGAUGUACGACUCCCUGGGCGUCGGAUGGGGAAAUUCGCUUCUUGGUUUCGUUGCUGUGGCGUGUAUACCCGUGCCGCUGUUCUUCUGGAUCUACGGCGAGCGGCUGCGGACCAGCAAGCGGCUAUCCAAUGUGCAGUUUUAG